GAAAUUGACUCGCGCUGGGAAUUACCCCCCGCCCGCUGCUACUCGGAUUUUCCAGCCGGCCUCUAGGGCGGAGCCGGCAGCUUUAAAACCCGCCCCCGGGCCGGCUCCGGCUCCGCUUUGCAAGUUGCUCCUGCUGCCUUCUGGGCCCUGGAGCCGGAGCCGCCGGGGGGACUCGCCCAGCGCCCUGCGGGGUGACCCCGGCUCCGGAGCGCCCCGGCUGGGGGGAGACGGGGCUGCCGUGAUCCGGAGCGCCAGGACCCGCUGGUUCUGCAGCUCUGGGCAGAGGCUACCGGUGAGAUGGUGAAGGCGCCAGGAUGUCCUGGGCUGCGCUGGCCCUCGGGUUACCUCCCCACGGCUCUGUUCUUCGCGGCGCUCUGCGGCUCUGGUGCUGUCCUCAGGAGGAAAGAUUGCCAGUUCCCGGACCCCUCCGAUCACACUACCUACAGGUGCGUGUCCCCGGCGUGCAAGCUGUCUCUGGGCAGCGGCGUGUUUAAGGCUGGCUCCAUGGUGCAGCAUUUCUGCGAAGCCGGCUACGUCCUGGCCGGCCACCCUGGGGUCUCUGUCUGCAAGGGCGGCCAGUGGAGCGUGCUGAAGCCGGUCGUCUGCAAGCCCCUGGCAGGAUCCCCGGUGCCUCGCCCCGGCUCCGUCAUCGCUGUCUCCUCCAUCCCCAUGGUGGCUGCGGCCUCGGUGACGGCGUCCGCCCUGCUGCUGGUGGCCAUGGUGUGUGUCCUGGUGGGGCCGAAACCCUGUAGCUACUGGUGCUGGAGGUGGUACGAGCCCAUGCAGGAGUCCGAGGUGAGCACCGUCGACAGCUGCCCGGUGCCGCUCCCGUCCUACGAGGAGGCCGUCUAUGGCUCCCAGGGGGGGCCCGUGCCGCCCGCCCCCCCCGCGCCGACGCCCCUCGUCCUCUCCAGGGGCCUGGCCCCCCCAUCGGAAGCAGCCGAGCCCUGUUGGAGUCCAGAGGCCGCCACCCCGCCCCCUUCCUACCAGGAGAGCCAAGCGGCAGCUGCGGGCGGCUCCGGCCUGGCCCGGCGCACGGCGCCCCCUGCCCGGUUCCUAUUCCCCGGGGCUGCAAAGGACCCGUGCAGGUAGCCGGGGGGCCGGGGGGCCCCUGGCAGGACCCCGACACUACAGCAGAGACUCCUCAUUUGAAGCACACGCAGCCUGCUCCAUCUUUUAACUUGCUGAGGGGAGAGGACCCCCCCCCCCCACCAGUUACUCAGCAACUUGUGAAGCUGAUGGGACCAAAGCAGCCCCCCUCAGAGGGGCGUCUGCAGCCGUCCGCCUGGAUGGGGGCUCCCGGGGCUGAGGGACCCCCCCCCGCAAGCUAACGGCUCUGUCUUCGGGGCAGCCCCUAGGGGCUGAUCUUUGCCAGCUGGCUGGUAGCCGCCCGCUCAGCGUGUUCUGAUCUCUCUGCACGGCCACCCCGUGGGAUCCCAAUUUUCCCUGCCCCACACUCCUCCCACCAGGGUGUCAGUUCCCAGCAGAGCCGUCAUGGGUUAACUCAGGGGACAGCUGCCACCUCCCUCCAGCUGUGAGGAUCCAGGGGGGCGGGGGGCAGAUUUCUCCCCUGCCCCCGCCCCCGAGUUCCUAAUGCUCUGGGGAACAUCCCCUGGGCCUGUUCCAUUCUUGGGGGGCCUCCUGUGUGGUCAACAACCACCCCCCACAAAGAGACCCUGCUCCCCCCAGCUUUCCUGACUCUUCCUAUGCUCCCCACACCCCUACCCCCCAAUGCCACCAUCCGUGGGUCCCCGCUGGAAGGGAUGAGCCCAGCCCCUCCCCCUGUGUCCGUCCCUCCAUCCAGCUCCAUGCACUUUCUCCCUUUGUGUGUGUUGAUUAAAAUGACCCAGGCUGCUUUAUCCCUGGGCCAUACUGAUGCCCCCCCCCAGGCCGCAGGUGCUGCUCCGUGGCACUGGGGCUGGCUGGCAGGGGCAGUUGCACCUGCAUCCCAGAAGGGGGUGCCGCGGGUGUGGUUUAAAUAGCUGCACCCCGCCUCCCUAGCGCUCCCCAGGGUGGGUGGCUUUUGUCUCUUUCCCCCUUCCCACCCCCAUCACCCAGGCUCUCUGGCUUGGCUACCGGGGGGUGAGCUGGCACCCCUGGCGGGGGGAGCAGAGUGCAGGGGGAAGCGGCUGCAGGUUCGAAUCCUGGCUGGCUCCCGGGCCCAUCCUGCACAACAACCGCUGGGUCCGCGGGCGGGGUGCUGGGCAGGGGCGAAUCUUGGGUUAUUCCUCGACAGUUGGGCCCGUGUGGCCGGAAGUGGCCAAUGGCCCAGGGGCCAGGUAGCCCCACGAAGCUCCUGUUGAAGCCGGGUCAGGUGCUCGGGCUGGCCGGCCUACACACGGGCACACGCCCGCCCGCCCCCCACGGGGCUGGUUUUGCACAAGGUUGAUGGUUCUAGGUUUGUAUUUAAUGACUAUGGGUUUGGUUUUCUUUGCUUUGAUGUAUUUAAAGGGGGGGGUAUUUCUCAACACUCCUCCCCCCAAUUUGCGUGCCCCUCCCCCCACCGCUCUGUGAUGCUGGGACGGGGGUUGUGGUCCUGGGGGCUAUUAAGGAUCCGAGGUGCUAAUUAAAACACUCACCCCACCCG